UACUCUCGUUUGAAUGUAACAGGCAUACAUUACAAUCAGGUCGGCGUGGCAUCACAUUAGUUCCUUCCGCUCGUGGCGAAUUCAUUACCAGUUGACAUGGCGCUGGUGGUCGCGCUCCUGUGUCUGGGCGGUGUGUUGGCGGAAAAUAUCCUAACUAAUGUCACCUACAAGGGUAUCCUGACACCGGAGUGCGUGGGGAACUACGCCGACCUGUACCUCACCAAGUGGUCACCUCCAAGGGACUACUUGUACUACCAUGAGACCCUCCUGCCAAGAGAUGGAGAGGAUGAUAGUUUCCGCUGGCGCAUAGUGGGCGGCGAGUUGGUGUCGAUCGAGGAUGCACCGUACCAGGUUCUGUAUGGCAAGUACUGCGGUGGUGCCAUCAUUGCACCGCGCUGGGUCAUCACAGCCGCUCACUGUAAAGACAGAGAGGAAUACGUAUAUGCUGGCUCCACGUACCGCAGCAAAACCAGGCCGUACCGCAUAUGUGCCCACUUCCUCCACCCGUACUGGCGCAGGCCGGAGAACACCCACUCCCACGACUACGACUACCAGCUCGUGAUGCUGGAGACGGCUGUCCCAGUGACGGACCAGGCCAGGCCCAUCGCCAUAGGAUACGUCGAGGACAUCCAGCCGGAAACGAAGGUAGCGAUCAGUGGCUGGGGACAUCUGGAGUUUAAGUCGAUGUCGAACCCGGAGCGCAGCAGUAUGCAGGAGCAGCUACGCCAGGUGCAAGUUCCGGUGAUGCCGGACGUCGUGUGCCGGACCAUGCCGGACAAGUACAACACCAUCACGCCGCGCAUGUUCUGUGCCGGAUAUGUCAACGGCACCAAGGACUCCUGCCAGGGAGACUCUGGUGGUCCCGUGGUGGUGAACAGCCGGCUGGUGGGGCUGGUGUCUUUCGGAGUCGGCUGCGCGGCGCCGCGACACCCCGGCGUCUACACCAACAUACCGCUCGCCAGGGACUGGAUACGGGCCAUCACGCACCUGCCCCUGUAUAUUGAGACCUCCCUAGAUACAAAACUGUUGUCGUUGAAGAUAAAAUUUGUCGGAUUGAUUCAGUUCGAUUGGAGGAUCUGGCGCGGUUACCCCAUACCCAUCGAGGAGGCGCCCUACACUGUGCUUAAAGAAUAUUUUGUAUACGCCGGGUCACAAUUGAGAGAGGUCAACCAGGAAUACCCCAUCAAGAGGCAUAUAUACCACCCAAACUGGUCGGGUUCGGAGGAUUAUGACUACGAUCUUCUGAUACUUACGCUUGACCGACCUGUGUUUAAUCAGGAUUUUUCAAAGCCCAUCAAUCUCGGAGAAGAGAAGGAUCUUCGUACGGGAGAAGUCGUGUUUGUAAGUGGAUGGGGCCAUGACACGUAUGUGGGUGACUACGGCGGUCCAGUGGUAGCCAACAACAAACUGGUGGGGGUGGCGUCGUGGGGGAUUCACUGCGAGCCCUUGCUGGUGUUCAUCAACCUGAUACCUUUCACUGAAUGGAUAGAUACAACUAUGAAGAACACGAUGGUCAUGUUAGCGUUGCUAUACUUAGGUUAUUUACAUCAUGUUUUGACUCUAGAUGUAGUGAUGUCCAACAGUUCGGACGGAUCAUCUGGCAGCGGAUCCCGCGAUUACCAGUACUACCACGAAGCUCUGACUUCCGGAGAAUCAAAUGCUGCAAGUAAUUUCGAUUGGAGGAUCUGGCGUGGAAACUACAUAUCCAUCGAGGAGGCGCCCUACACUGUGCUUUAUGGCUGGUUUUGUGGAGGUGCGCUCAUCAAAUCCCGCUGGGUGAUUACCGCUGCCCAUUGCGAUGAAGAAUUCUCCAUACACGCCGGAUCGGAGUUUCAAGAAUCUACUGACGAAUACGCCGUGAAAAGACAUGUGUACCAUCCUAACUGGUCUGACGAAUCGAAGGAACAUUACUUUGACUACGAUAUGCUUUUACUCGAACUGGAGGAGUCCGUGCCCGAUACAGACUACACGAGGCCCAUCGCCCUCGGAGGGCUGGAAGAUAUAAAUCCGGGACAACUCGUGUCUAUAAGUGGAUGGGGCGGGUCGACCUAUAAGUUCAAUAUAACGGUUGAUGACAGUUAUAUGUCGGGCCUGCUUAGCAUGGUGGAGAUGACGGUGCUCGAACACAACGACUGCGCGACGCGCGCAAUUCCUUUCUACGAAUCGAAAUACGGCGAACCCAAUACAAUUACGCCACGGAUGGUUUGUGCAGAAAGCAAAAAUGGUUCCGCUUGCUUUGGUGACUCCGGGGGUCCAGUGGUGGCUAACAACAGGCUAGUGGGGAUAGUGUCGUGGGGGUUCCACUGCGAGCCCCUGCUCGUGUUCACCAACUUGGUAAUGCUAAAGGGUUGGGUCAGUGAAAUUACGGGACUAAUAUUGUAAGGUCCCUCCUCAC